AUGUACACGAAGAAACCAAACAAUGGAUUCCAUCACGCGAUCACUCCGUUUGGGGGGAUUCCAGACUUCUCGCUGGCUUCCCUCCUGCCCUCUCCGAAUCAGUUAACGAGAGCAUUCGAUAUCAUGGACAUAAGUCAAACCCGGUUCGUGGGUCCGCCCACACCCACCGAGACACGAGAGAAUGCUCGCAUGGCCACUCUGCCGGAUCUCUUUGUCCUCUUCAUUGCUCCAGAGCCAAAGGUAAAUCCGCACUACGAGGAGGUGAAACGAGAGUCCGAGGACUGGCUGAGGGAGAACCUCUGGAGAGACCUCCCCGAGCACGAGAUCAAGAAGCGCUGUGGUGCCGAUUUCUGUUUCUUCAGCGCAGUCAUGUGCCCGGAUGUCGGUAAAGAGGAGUUCCGCACCGUGUGCGACUGGAUAUACUGGGUGUUCGAGUUUGACGACCAAUUCGACGAGGGUGACCUUGGCAGGGACCGUGACAAAGGGAAAUCCGAAGUGUCAGGCAUGGUGUCUAUACUCGGCGACAACGGCCAACACACGAAUCCUUCUGUGCGUCCUCGGCCGAAGGCGAGGGACUGCUCCAGUUUUCUUGCUGCGAACGCAUCAAAGAGAUUGGCUACGGCCGUCUCUUUGAUAAAUGAGGCUGGGCCAAGAUCCGUGCUCGAACACAAGGCCGGGGUCUCUCAGAAGGAAACGCCAUUGCAAUUGCUGUUCCUAUCGAUUUGGGAGAGAGUCCAGAAGUCGUCGCCGAAGGCUGUGCGUGAACGCUACGUCAAGUCGAACGUUCAUUUCUGCCAUAGCGUGGCAGAGCUGCACGGAGAGGAGUUUGAUGACAUGGUCGUCAUGGAAAACAUCCGCCGCUAUUUGCAGGUCCGUGCACAGAACAUUGGCCUGUACCCGCUGCUUGCACUGGAAGAAUAUGCUUACGGAAUCGAUCUACCGCAAGAGGUGGUAGAGCACGAGGCGAUCCAGGAGAUAGAGCGUCUCGUGGCCGAGAUCCUUACGCUGCAGAACGACAUUCUCUCGUAUCACCGCGAGCACAGCGUCGGCCAUAGCCAGAAUUUGAUCUCCAUCUUCCGCCGGCGGCUCGGCUUUACGCAGCAGCAGAGCUACGACAAGGCGGACGAGCUGCUGCACCGCUGCUACCGGCGAUGGUACAUUGCGCACGCCGACGUGCCGUGUUGGGGCGAGAAGGUGGACGCGCAGGUGCAGCAGUAUCUCAAGGCGUGUCUGGACGUGCUGAAGGCCAACGUCCACUGGAGCUUCAGGUCCCAGCGGUACUUCGGAGGUGACGUCGAGCGAGUGCGCGCGACGCGGAAGGUGGUGCUGGUGCCUUAG